AUGUUAAUUCAAGUACCAGAAGGCAGUUAUUAUAAAUAUGACCAACUGCCGCAGCAGCACGUGGUCGUGGAGUUAGAAGCAAGAGGUAGCAGCAGUAUCCUCGGCACAAUCGGAGAGACCAUCGCUAGAGAUACCAGGAACUGUCAACCAGCGGAACCAGAAGCAAGCGGUGGCAUUAGAUGCAGCAGCACCAGCAUUGGCACUAUCAGAAGUGACAAGAACAAUCCGAGCCAGAAGGUUUGGACCACUCAAGAACCAGUCGGCACCAGCAGCAGCAGUAGUAUCCCAGCACCAGAUGAGUUAAUCGAAAAACAGAUCAGCUCCAUACUCUGCCAUCAUGUCCGCCGAACGCCGCAUCAAAGGACUCAAAUCGCGCUACAAGAGCUUGAAGUCAUCACUCAUCCAGAUCAAAUCUUUGUCAACGAGUAUCAGGAGGAUAGGGACUACCUCGAAGUUCCGGUUCGUCUUGAACACCUUCAGAAGCUGUGGACCGACCUGGACAGCGUCCAAAGCGAUCUAGAAAUGCAGGACGAUGAUGCUCUGGAUGAACUCUUGAAGGAGCGGAUGGCGUUCGAGUCGCUUUUCUACAAAGCAAAGGGGUUUCUUUUGGCCAUGAACAAGCAGCCUACUACGUCGAUCGCGUCUCUGGCUAGUCAUUCUCGCCACCUUCCUGCACAGUCGUCGCACAUCCGCCUGCCAGACGUCAGACUGCCUACGUUUAGUGGAAAUAUUGACACGUGGCUCAAUUUCCACGACCUUUUUGUGUCACUGGUUCAUUCCUCGGCCGAUCUCUCGAGCAUACAAAAGUUCUUCUACCUGCGCUCUUCACUCGCUGGCGAUGCACUGAAACUCGUUCAGACCGUUCCGAUCAGCGCCGAGAACUACCCUAUUGCAUGGGAACUUCUGAUAAAUCACUAUCAGAACACUGUCCGACUCAAGCGCACCUACGUAGAUGCUUUAUUCGACUUCCCUUCGUUGAAGCGGGAAUCUGCGACGGAAUUGCACUCGAUGGUCGAGAAAUUUGAAUCGAACGUGAAGAUCCUGAAACAGCUCGGUGAACGCACGGAGUAUUGGGAUAUAAUCCUGAUCCGCAUGCUUAGCAUUCGACUAGACCCGACCACGAGGAGAGACUGGGAGGAGCAUUCGUCUGCGCUGGACAACGUGUCGUUCCAGGAACUGACCACCUUCAUCAAGAGGCCUACUCAACGGCCAGUAGUCAGUAACAACGCUUCUCAGCAGUCAACCAACAGCGGUCGAAACUGCGCCGUCUGCCUCGAUCAUCAUCCGGUCUACCUUUGCCCUGCCUUUUCGAAGCUGGAUCUGGAGGGAAAGGAGAAACACGUUCGUCGCCUGCAGCUUUGCAGGAACUGCCUUCGAAAGGGUCAUCCGGUGCGGGACUGUCCAUCUUCCAGCUCUUGUCGAAGAUGCAGAGGACGUCAUCACACUCAACUCUGCUCGGGGGAAAACGUAGUCGCUGUGCACUCCAGGGCUACAGAAUCCGAACACGCGAGAUCGGUCCCCACUCCAGCGGCUGAACAUCAAACACCAAAAUCUUGUAUCAGCGCAUCUCUCAACUAUACGCCUAACUGCGCUCCAUCUGAGAGUCGUCACAAGAACGUCCUACUCACUACUGCUAUUGUAACCUUGGUCGAUGCCAACGGGGCAGCUCAUCUCGCUCGGGCUCUUCUGGAUUCUGGGAGCGAAUGCUGUUUCGUAACGGAGUCGUUCUCGCAGUCGAUCAAGGCACCACGUCAAAAGAUCUCGCUGCCAAUCUCGGGGAUUGGGCAGUCAUCAACCUACGCGCGCUACAAAAUCGUGUCCACCAUACGUUCCAGAACGAGUGAAUACUCCGCCACCGUGGAAUUAGUGGUACUUCCGAAGGUCACAAUCGAUCUCCCAUCGUCAUCCAUAGAUCCCUCUGCAUGGAAGAUCCCUCCUGGAAUUCAGUUGGCCGAUCCGACUUUCUACCGCUCUCAUCCGAUCGACUUGAUUCUGGGCGCGGAAAUCUUUUUUGACCUCUUCACGGUGGAUGGUCGAAUCCAACUCGGAGACUCGUCGCCAUUCCUCGUCAACUCCGUACUUGGUUGGGUGUUGUCCGGGAAAAUCUCGAACGGAACCCCAACCACUCCGAUCGUCGCCAACGUAGCCAACGUCACAACGGUCACUGAACUACAGCAUCAGAUGGAGCGAUUUUGGAACAUCGAGGAAGGCAACCCCUCAUCGUGCUAUUCGGUGGAAGAAACAGCAUGCGAGAACCACUUUCGCCAAACUGUAGAUCGCAACCUGGACGGCAGGUACAUCGUUCGCCUACCACUACAAAGCAACGUACUCGAGCAGCUUGGUGAUAAUCGUUCCAACGCUAUUCGUCGGUUUCGGAUGCUCGAGAGUCGUCUGAAUCGCCAACCCGAUAUCGCUGAUCAAUACACUGACUUCAUGAACGAGUACCAGUCACUUGGACACAUGCGACGCGUCACGGACUACCAGACACCGCCUGAAAACUGCUAUCAUCUCCCGCACCACGCAGUAAUUCGGGAAGAGAGUACGACCACGAAACUUCGGGUCGUAUUUGACGCAUCGGCUAAGACUUCCAACGGCCCAUCUCUGAAUGACGCCCUCCUGGUCGGUCCGAUCGUGCAGGAGGACCUCCGAAGCAUCAUCAUGCGCUCGAGGCGAAACAAGGUAAUGCUAAUUGCUGACAUUAAGCAAAUGUUCCGCCAGAUUCUGGUGGACCCACGAGACACGCCGUUACAGCGCAUCGUCUGGCGUUCUACACCGGACGCACCUCUAGACACCUUCGAACUACAAACGGUUACCUACGGCACCGCGAGCGCUCCCUUUCUAGCGACGAUAGUUCUUCAGCAGCUUGCAGACGACGAACAAAACAACUUUCCCAAGGCAGCAGAGGUUCUACGAAAGGACUUUUAUGUCGACGACCUGUUCUCGGGAGCCAACAGCGUAGAGGAAACCAUCGAACUCCGAGAACAACUUGAAGCGUUCCUGUCGAGAGGCGGAUUCCAACUCCGCAAGUGGGCCUCCAACGAACAAGCUGUUUUGGAAGGAGUAGCUGAAGACAACCUUGCCCUGAAGCCCACCGUAGAACUCGACGACGGCCAAUGCAUCAAAACGUUAGGAUUGCACUGGGAACCAUCCAACGAUUUUCUACUGUACCGUAUUCAGAUUCUCACCGAUUCCACUCCACUCACUAAACGCAUCGCUCUGUCGCAAAUCGCUCGUUUGUUUGACCCACUCGGCCUGGUGGGUCCAGUGGUAACAUUUGCCAAGGUCUUUAUGCAGACACUGUGGACGCUUCUGACCGACGAAGGCAAAUCGUGGGGCUGGGACGACCAAAUGCCGUCGAUGUUCGUCUCACGCUGGGGAUUGUACCUCUCCGAACUUCCUCGCUUGAAUGAGCUUCGAAUCGAACGCUACAUUUUAUGCUCGAACCCAACGCUCACUCAACUCCACUUUUUCUCCGAUGCAAGCAAACAAGCGUACGGCGCUUGCUGUUACGUCAGGUCUAUCGACUCUACAGGCGCGAUCAAAGUGGCGCUACUAACCUCUAAAUCAAAAGUAGCUCCACUCAAGCAACAAUCCAUACCUCGACUAGAGCUCUGCGGAGCUCUUCUCUCCGCCCAACUGUACCAAAAGGUGACGUCAUCCCUCCAACUACCCGCCGAAGCUUACUUUUGGGUGGACUCAACAACCGUGCUUUGCUGGCUCCAAAGUACACCGUCAACGUGGACCACCUUCGUUGCGAAUCGUGUGUCCAAAAUCCAACUAUCAACCGAACACUGCAACUGGAACCACGUAACCGGACUGGACAAUCCUGCUGACUGUCUCUCUCGCGGCUGUUGUGCAGAGAGUCUACUCGAAAACGACAUCUGGUGGAAUGGGCCACGAUGGCUGCGACUCGAUGAAGCAGCUUGGCCUGCUCGACGCACAAACAACGUCUCCAACUCGGAAGAGAUACAGGAAGUAAUAAAAACCACAGCAGUCGCUUCGCGUGUGGUCACCGAACCUAGCUUCAUAGAUGAAAUCGUGGAAAAAUUCUCCAGCUACACACGCUUGGUACGAGUUGUGGCCUACUGUCAUCGUUUUCUGCUGAAUCGCGUUCACAACUACAAGCUGACAAUCAACACCAACAACCAAACUUCGGAAAUUAAUCCCCUCAGUAGGGACGAAAUACGAAACGCGGAAGCUGCUUUGAUCAGACUCGUUCAGCAGCAAGAGUUUCCCGACGAGUGGAAAAGGCUUCAGCAGUCACAACCCGUUAGACCUAAGUCUCGUCUUCGGUGGUUCGCUCCAUUCAUGUCUCCGGAACGGCUAAUCAGGAUUGGUGGGCGUCUCGCUCACGCCUCACAGCCUUACGACAGUAAGCAUCAGAUUUUGCUACCUGGCUCGCAUCCUCUCUCGGCUCUUCUGGUUCGCAGUUUACACUUGAAACAACUGCACGCUGCUCCACAACUUCUGCUUACAAUUUUACGCCUGCGGUACUGGAUCACAGGGGCCAGAAGUCUAGCAAAAGUAGUCGUCCACCAGUGUAUCAUCUGUUUCAAAGCCCGCCCGAAGCUUGUGGAACAAUUCAUGGGCGAACUACCAGCCGCACGAGUAACCGCCAACCGACCUUUUUCCACUACGGGAGUGGACUACUGGGGUCCAAUAACGCUUCAACCACCCUACCGUCGAGCAGCCCCAAGCAAAGCGUACAUCGCUGUAUUUGUGUGCUUUUCCACACGCGCUGUGCACAUAGAGCUCGUCACCGACCUCAGCACAGCAAAAUUUAUUCAGGCUCUACGUCGCUUCGUUUCUCGUCGAGAUCUGUGCGCGGAGAUUUACAGCGACAACGGCCGUAACUUCCUCGGAGCGGACAACGAAAUACAACGACUUGUGCGAAACCAGCAACAUCGUCAAGCAGUCGCCCAAGAGUGUGCCAGCAACGGAAUUGUUUGGCAUUUCAAUCCGCCUAAAGCAUCGCAUUUCGGUGGCCUGUGGGAGGCCGCUAUUCGAUCCGCACAAAAACACUUCACUCGCGCUCUGGGAACUCAUCGCUUGGCUUUUGACGAGAUGCUCACGCUACUCGCGCAAAUUGAAUGCUGCCUUAACUCUCGUCCCAUCGUUCCCAUCAGCGACGAUCCGUCCGACAUGGAACCGCUAACACCGGGCCACUUCCUUGUUGGGUCCGCUCUAAAGGCCGUGCCAGAUGUGUCUGAAAUUCCUCUAAACCGCUUGACGCAGUGGCAGCAAACCCAGAAACUACUGCAGAACAUCUGGAAAAGGUGGCACUCCGAAUAUUUGUCGACACUUCAAGCGAGAACAAAGUGGUGCCGUCCUCCAGUCACAAUCAGCAAGGGUCAGCUCGUUCUUCUAAAGGAUGAAAAUUGUCCUCCGAUGGUAUGGCCAACAGCAAGAAUCAUCGAAGUACAUCCUGGCGCCGACAACAUCAUCCGUGUGGUCACCGUUCAGACGCCGGAAGGUCGCUACCAGUCUUCCGUGUUUCACAUUGAACACUGGUUUCUCUCGCAUUGUCAUCCCAAGCAACAGCAGUGUGUAGAGUAA